AUGAAACAGAUGUAUCAGAGGUCUUCUGGAACUUUUGCAACUCCUACUCAAAGUCUUAGACUAAGAAACUCGCAAUCAGCAGGUGGUAAUGCAGCCUUCUCACAUAGUAGUAGGCCUAGGAGUUCUGUGUCUGGAGCAGGGGAGCUAUCAAAUCCUUCAAAAAAAAGACAUGCUGAUGAGCCCACUAGGUCCAUUGACCAUUCUGCUCAAGAUUCAGGACGGGGUCUUAGUGCAGUUACUUCUUCAGGGUCCUUAGAGCAUUCCCAAGAAAAAAAAUCAAAGAAGAAAAAUAAAAAGUGGGGCUAA